AUGAAAUCCAAAUGGGUAAUCCACAAAUUGAAUGCCCACUUUCCCUCAUGGGCAAACUCCUUGCGAUCUCCAUUCAAGACCCAAAUCUACUGCACCCCAUCUUCGAAGACUUUAUCUUUUCUUCUCGACCAUUUACAUAUAAGCCACCUAUUAUCCAUUUGUGGAAGAGAAGGUUACCUUCGUCUAGGUUCUUCUCUCCAUGCUUCUAUAAUCAAAAUCCAGGAAUGUUUUAACUACCAAAGCCAAAAUGCUAUUGUCAUUUGGAAUUCUCUCCUUUCUAUGUAUGCAAAAAAUGGGGUCUUAAAUGAUGCUGUUAAGCUGUUUGAUGAAAUGCCCAUGAGAGAUACCGUAUCGUGGAAUAUAAUUAUUUCUGGGUUUUUAAACGAUGGGAGUUUUGAUGUGGGUCUUGGGUUCUUUAAACAAAUGCAAAGUUUGGGAUAUUAUAGGUUAGAUCAAGCAACUUUGACCACCAUUUUAUCGGCUUGUGAUGGGCCCGAGAUUGGUUUUAUUAAUAGGGCGAUGCAUUGUUUAGCGGUUUUAAAUGGUUUUGAGAGAGACAUAAGUGUAGGGAAUGCAUUGAUAACAUCUUAUUUUAAAUGUGGGUUUUCUAGUUCCGGAAUGCAGGUUUUUUACGAGAUGCUUGAAAGGAAUGUUAUCACUUGGACUGCAGUGAUAUCAGGGCUAGCACAAAGUGAAUUAUACGAGGAUAGUCUGAGGUUUUUUGUGAAAAUGACUAGUGGAUUAGUAGAACCGAAUUCUUUGACGUAUUUGAGUUCAUUGAUGGCGUGUUCUGGUAUGCAGGCAUUGAAAGAAGGGUGUCAAAUUCAUGGGCGUUUAUGGAAAUUGGGUCUUCAAUCAGACUUCUUCAUUGAAAGUGCACUAAUGGACAUGUACUCGAAAUGUGGAAGCAUGGGAGAUGCUUUGCAGAUCUUUGAGUCUGCUGUAGAACUUGACGAGGUUUCCAUGACUGUAAUUCUUGUGGGUUUUGCACAAAAUGGGUUUGAGGAAGAAGCUAUGCAAGUUUUUGUGAAAAUGUUGAAGGCAGGAAUUGACAUUGAUCCCAACAUGGUUUCAGCUGUCCUUGGGGUAUUUGGUGUGGACACGUCUUUGGGUCUUGGUCAGCAAAUUCACUCAUUAGUUAUCAAACGGAGCUUUGGUUCUAAUCCCUUUGUUGGCAAUGGGCUGAUUAAUAUGUACUCUAAGUGUGGAGAUUUGGAGGAUUCCAUUAAAGUCUUUAGUCGAAUGCCUUGCAGAAACUCAGUCUCUUGGAACUCUAUGAUAGCUGCUUUUGCUCGUCAUGGGGAUGGCUAUAGAUCACUACAGUUAUAUGAAGAGAUGAGAUUGAAAGGUGUAGAGCCAACAGAUGUUACAUUUCUCUCAUUGCUUCAUGCAUGUAGCCAUGUAGGCUUAGUUGAAAAGGGCAUGGAGUUCUUAAAAUACAUGACUGAAGUUCAUAGGGUUAUUCCUAGAAUGGAGCACUAUGCUUGUGUUGUUGACAUGUUAGGCCGAGCAGGGCUUCUCAGUGAAGCUAAGACUUUUAUUGAGAGAUUACCUGUGAAGCCUGAUGUGCUUGUUUGGCAAGCGUUGCUAGGAGCUUGUGGCAUUCAUGGAGAUCCUGAAAUGGGGAAAUAUGCAGCUGAGCAGUUAAUUUUAUCAGCUCCCGAGAAGGCAGCUCCUUACAUUGUGUUGGCGAAUAUAUAUUCUUCUAAAGGUAGAUGGAAAGAAAGAGCAAAGACAAUUAAGAGAAUCAAAGAAAUGGGCGUGGCCAAAGAAACAGGAAUAAGUUGGAUUGAGAUUGAAGCUAAAUUGCACAGCUUUGUUGUUGAAGAUAAAUUGCACCAACAAGCUGAGAUCAUAUAUGGGGUUUUGGCAGAGUUGUUUGGGCACAUGAUAGAUGAAGGUUAUGUGCCAGAUAAGAGAUACAUUCUCUCUUACGUGAAUGAAGAUGAGAAGGGAUAG